UGUAGUUGCACCUGAGAUCACUUCCGGCGGGUGACGGUGCGGACGGGUCAGGAGCGUAGAGGCGGCGGCAAAAUGGCGGCGCCUGAGGAGCAGGAUCUAACUCAGGAGCAGACCGAGAAGCUGCUGCAGUUUCAGGGACAUGUGUGUGCUGUGAAAGGCAGCAGUGUGUAAAUGCUUGCUUGUGAAGACUGAUUCUGGAAUAAGGCUGCCUGGAUUCGAUUCUGCCUUCUCCAGUUACUAACUUUCAGCUCUGGUCCUAGGGGCUGAGAAGUCCAAGUUUGAAAGAUCUGUACUGUCAAGAGCCUAUGCAUUUCGUCACUCUAUGGCACACCGUGGAAGGAUAAGAGAACAUGAAAGAAACACACACACCCGUAAUCUCAGUUCUUGGGAGGCGAAGGAUCUGACUGGCAUAGAAUCCAUGGAGCAGUGUCGCCUUGCUUUGGAGCAGCAUAACUGGAAUAUGGAGGCUGCAGUCCAGGACAGACUGAAUGAGCAAGAGGGUGUACCGAGUGUUUUCAAUCCACCUCCGUCCCGACCCCUACAGGUUAAUACAGCUGAUCACAGGAUCUACAGCUAUGUUGUCUCAAGACCACAACCAAGGGGGCUGCUUGGAUGGGGUUAUUACUUGAUAAUGCUUCCAUUCCGGUUUACCUAUUACACGAUACUUGAUAUAUUUAGGUUUGCUCUUCGUUUUAUACGGCCUGACCCUCGCAGCCGGGUCACUGACCCUGUUGGGGACAUUGUUUCAUUUAUGCACUCUUUUGAAGAGAAAUAUGGGAGGGCACACCCUGUCUUCUACCAGGGAACGUACAGCCAGGCACUUAAUGAUGCCAAGCGGGAACUUCGAUUUCUCUUGGUUUAUCUUCAUGGAGAUGACCACCAGGACUCCGAUGAGUUCUGUCGCAACACUCUCUGUGCACCUGAAGUUGUCACACUGAUCAACAGCAGGAUGCUCUUUUGGGCUUGUUCCACAAACAAACCUGAGGGGUACAGGGUCUCACAGGCUUUACGAGAGAAUACCUAUCCAUUCCUGGCUAUGAUUAUGUUGAAAGAUCGCCGAAUGACUGUGGUGGGACGGCUAGAAGGCCUCAUUCAGCCUGAUGACCUCAUCAACCAGCUGACAUUUAUUAUGGACGCAAACCAGACUUACCUGGUAUCAGAACGCCUGGAAAGAUCUGUCCACAGGGAAGAAAGGAACCAGACCCAAGUGCUGAGGCAACAACAGGACGAAGCCUACCUGGCUUCCCUCAGGGCGGACCAGGAGAAAGAAAGGAAGAAGAGAGAGGAGCGGGAGAGGAAGCGCCGGAAGGAGGAGGAGGUGCAGCAGCAGAAGCUGGCGGAGGAGAGAAGGCGGCAGAACUUACAGGAGGAAAAAGAAAGAAAGUUGGAAUGCCUGCCUCCUGAGCCAUCCCCAGAUGACCCUGAAAGUGUCAAGAUCAUUUUCAAGUUACCCAAUGAUUCCAGAGUAGAGAGACGAUUCCAUUUUUCACAGUCUCUAACAGUCAUCCAUGACUUCUUAUUCUCCUUGAAGGAAAGCCCUGAGAAGUUCCAGAUUGAAGCCAAUUUCCCAAGACGGGUCCUGCCCUGUGUCCCUUCAGAAGAAUGGCCCAACCCCCCCACGCUGCAGGAGGCAGGACUCAGCCACACAGAGGUUCUCUUUGUUCAGGACCUGACAGACGAGUGACAGUUUUAUGCCUCCUCCCUCCUACCCCAAUCCCUAAGAGAAAUGGAAAAACAAAAAGAGAGAACAAGAGAUAAAUUCAUAUUAUUAUUAUUAUAAUACAAUAUUUUUUUGAAGAAAACUGCUGCAUCCUAAGGAAGGAUCAGAAACCAUGCUGCCUGCAAGAGUCACAGCCUGUGUGCGUGUGCAAGGCCAGCAAUGAACACACCUGCUCGGCAGACUUACCUUCCCACAGCCUCUCCCACACACCUUCCAGUGAAGAGACUUCUCCUCCAACCCAUCCAUUGUCCAAGUGGGGAAGGAGACAUUCCCACUGUCUCUCAUUCAUUCUUGCUUUUCUAGAAAAUACAAAUGGAAACCUCCCUCAACCAGCUACAGCAGCAUCUCCUGAGGAAGAGGGGAGCCGGUAUGGAAAGGACAGCAGGCUGCCUGCAGUUUACGAAUAACUUUGUUUCUGUUUGUUUUGUAACGAUAAUGACCAAAGGAUUGAGGCUGACCUAGGUGUAUUUUUUUCCUUAAAUUUAUUUGAUAAAGAGCCAAUGCCGUGGGUUCCUUAGCCCAAGGUGGUGUAAUAAAGGUGCCCUGGGCUAAUUUGCGCUUA